CGGAGCGCUGGCGAGAAAGCCGCCUCGUUGCAAGCCCAGCGCGGACAGCGGAGGCAGCCCCGUGCCUCGCCGCCCCUAGCCGGGCCGGGAUGAAAAUGCUGUGCUGGAGGAUGGCUCUGUGGCUGGCAGGGGUGACCCUCGGCGGCAGGCUCUCCCGGGGCUCCGGCCUCGAUUACGACUACCCGUACGAGGUCGCCGAAGAGGAGAAGGCGGAGGCCAUCGACUACAAGGACCCGUGCAAAGCCGCUGUCUUUUGGGGAGAUAUUGCCUUAGAUGAUGAAGACUUAAAAAUCUUUCAGAUUGACAGGACAAUUGAUCUUACGCAACAUUCAAAUGAAAGAUUCGGACAUAAUACAGGUGGCUUUGGAGAGAGGGAAGCAUCCAAAAACAGUGAUGCCCUCUAUCAGCUGAUAGCCAGGAUAAGAAGAUUUGGCUCAGGUUUUGAUGAAAAUAAUGCAACUAAGGGAAAAUCAGCCCUAACGUUCUCAGGAAGCUAUGAGAGAAAAAGGUUUCCCAGAGCAGCUACAUCUCGGACAGAAAGAAUAUGGCCAGGAGGUGUCAUUCCAUAUGUUAUAGGAGGGAAUUUCACGGGCAGCCAGCGAGCAAUGUUCAAGCAGGCAAUGCGGCACUGGGAAAAAUAUACCUGUGUUACUUUCAUUGAACGAAGUGAUGAAGAAAGUUACAUUGUUUUUACAUACAGGCCUUGUGGGUGCUGCUCUUAUGUAGGCCGAAGGGGUAAUGGUCCUCAGGCAAUAUCUAUUGGUAAGAACUGUGAUAAAUUUGGAAUUGUUGUUCAUGAGCUGGGACAUGUGAUAGGAUUUUGGCAUGAACAUACAAGACCAGACAGAGAUGAUCAUGUAACCAUCAUCAGAGAAAACAUCCAGCCAGGUCAAGAAUACAACUUUUUGAAGAUGGAGCCUGGAGAAGUGAAUUCUUUGGGGGAACCAUAUGAUUUUGAUAGUAUUAUGCAUUAUGCCAGGAACACCUUCUCAAGGGGCAUGUUUCUCGAUACCAUACUUCCUUCCCGUGAUGAUAAUGGUAUACGUCCUGCCAUAGGUCAGCGCACCCGAUUAAGUAAAGGUGAUAUUGCACAAGCAAGAAAGCUGUACAGAUGUCCAGCAUGUGGUGAAACAUUGCAAGAGUCUACAGGCAACUUUUCCUCUCCAGGAUUUCCAAACGGCUAUCCUUCAUAUACACACUGCAUAUGGAGAAUUUCAGUGACGCCUGGAGAGAAGAUUGUUUUAAACUUCACAACAAUGGACCUUUAUAAGAGCAGCCUGUGCUGGUAUGACUACAUUGAAGUAAGAGAUGGCUACUGGAGAAAAUCACCUCUGCUUGGUAGGUUCUGCGGUGACAAACUCCCAGAUGUCCUUUCAUCUAGUGACAGCCGAAUGUGGAUAGAGUUCCGUAGCAGCAGUAACUGGGUAGGAAAAGGUUUUGCAGCCAGUUAUGAAGCAAUUUGUGGAGGUGAAAUACACAAAAAUGAAGGCCAGAUCCAGUCUCCUAAUUAUCCUGAUGACUACAGACCUAUGAAGGAAUGUGUGUGGAAAAUAACGGUGUCAGAGAACUACAAUGUCGGAUUAACCUUUCAGUCAUUUGAGAUUGAGAGACAUGACAACUGUGCCUAUGAUUACUUGGAAGUCCGAGAUGGAACUAGUGAAAGCAGUCCUUUGGUCGGCCACUUUUGUGGCUAUGAUAAACCGGAAGACAUAAGAUCUACCUCUAAUACUCUGUGGAUGAAGUUUGUUUCUGAUGGAACAGUCAACAAAGCAGGGUUUGCUGCUAACUUUUUUAAAGAGGAAGAUGAAUGUGCCAAACCUGAUAAUGGUGGAUGUGAACAGCGGUGUGUGAAUACGCUGGGCAGCUACCAAUGUGCUUGUGAUCCAGGGUAUGAGCUUGGACCAGAUAAGAAGAGCUGUGAAGCUGCUUGUGGAGGACUUUUGACAAAGCUGAAUGGGACAAUUACAACACCAGGAUGGCCCAAAGAAUAUCCUCCAAACAAAAACUGUGUGUGGCAGGUGGUGGCUCCUACCCAAUACAGAAUCUCAAUGAAAUUUGAGUUUUUUGAAUUGGAAGGAAAUGAAGUUUGCAAAUAUGAUUAUGUAGAGAUCCGCAGUGGCCUUUCUUCUGAUUCCAAACUGCAUGGCAAAUUUUGUGGAACGGAAGUGCCUGAAGUUAUUACAUCACAAUACAACAACAUGAGAAUUGAAUUCAAAUCUGAUAACACAGUUUCAAAAAAAGGUUUCAAGGCCCACUUCUUUUCAGACAAGGACGAAUGUUCUAAGGACAAUGGUGGCUGCCAGCAUGAAUGCAUCAACACUGUUGGAAGCUAUGUGUGUCAGUGUCGCAAUGGAUUUGUGCUACAUGAAAACAAACAUGACUGCAAAGAAGCUGAAUGUGAACAGAAGAUCCAUAGUCCAAGCGGAAUUAUCACAAGCCCUAACUGGCCCGACAAGUACCCCAGUAGGAAGGAAUGCACAUGGGAGAUCAGUGCCACUCCAGGACACAGAGUCAAAAUAGUUUUUAAUGAGUUUGAAAUCGAACAACAUCAAGAGUGUGCUUAUGACCAUUUGGAGGUGUUUGAUGGAGAAACAGAAAAAUCACCAAUUCUUGGACGUUUAUGUGGAAAUAAGAUUCCAGAACCUCUUGUCGCUACUGGAAAUAAAAUGUUCCUUCGGUUUAUUUCUGAUGCCUCAGUACAGAGAAAAGGCUUCGAAGCUACACACUCUACAGAAUGUGGUGGUCGUCUGAAAGCUGAAAUCAAGGCAAGAGACCUUUAUUCUCAUGCUCAGUUUGGUGAUAACAACUACCCAGUUCAAGCAGAUUGUGAGUGGCUAAUAGUGACGGACCGUGGCUAUCGAAUAGAAUUAACUUUUCAGACUUUUGAGGUGGAAGAAGAGGCAGACUGUGGUUAUGACUAUUUAGAACUUUUUGAUGGCCAUGAUACAGCUGCUCUGAGGCUUGGUCGGUUCUGUGGAUCGGGGCCACCUGAAGAAAUCUACUCAACAGGUGACACAAUCCUACUCCAUUUUCACACUGAUGAUACAAUCAACAAAAAAGGAUUCCAUAUACGAUACAAAAGUAUAAAACGUCAAGAUAAUGUUCACACCAAAAAAUAACACAAGACCCCUUUGAUCACCAAAAAGAGAGAGAGAGAGAGAGAGAGAGAGAGAGAGACAGAGAGAGAAAUGUUAUGGGAAAAGAGGUCUUUUUUUUAUUACUGACAUUAUCAGCAAAUAUAAACUGAAGGAAAACUGAUGCAUCCCAAAACAUUUCACUGUUAAAUAAUAUUCCUAAUCUAGAGCAAAAUACCUUCUAGUGAUGAUGACGUGUGGUCUUCACGUGGGGCUUUCUCUGAACAGCUGGCCAAGGGGUGUGGCAUGCUUCCAGGGAGACUGCAAGAGCUUUGAUCGCAGCUUGACAAGAGUCACACCUGCCUGCAUACACAACCACUUAGAUUCAGGUGAAGCGACCCUGUAGACUGUUUCUCGUUUUGACAACUGUCUUGUGUCCAGGAGGAGGGAGGAAACGCCCACCUUCUGCAGGUCAUGCACUCAAAAUACUGUUCUAGUAUCUUUCCUAUUCUGAUUGCUUUGCAUCAUAUCCAGGAUAUGGUUUGGACAAGAUGAAACAGAAAUUCUGAGAUUGUCUUAUUCUUGGCAUUCUUCUGUCCCAUCAACAUAUUUAAUAUAAUGAAAACUGGAAUACUACACCUACGCAAUCAUUUGAUCGUUAGAAGGUUUUGAUUGUCGCAACAUAUUGGAAUGUCUGCUGUUUUUUGUGUUUAUCAUAAUUAUUACUCCAUCUUGAAUAUGGACUCUGUUUGUGACUGAAGGACUCUGUAGCUGCCAGCCUCUUGAGUUUUACACUGAGAAUCAGAAGACGGCAGAUUGACACUUUGCACGACUGCUGCAACCCUUUGUCCAGUGAUCAAAAGAAAUAAUCAGGACCAGAGUAAUCCAAAAUACUAGUUGUGGAUUUCAUUUUGAUAGUAAGAAGCUGCUAAUCUGCAUUUCCUUGAAAGUUUUUGUGAAUGAGUUUAUCAUCUUUUAUUUUAAACUAAUUAAAAAAUGAAAAAGGAAGUGGUUUCCAAAAGACCAGGCAAUUGAUUUUUGUUUUCUGGAAACAAGAUUUUUGUGAUGGCAAUUUCUAUGGUGCUACUCCAUGAACAAUAAAAAAAGGAUGUUUUAGACCUUUGAGCCAACAACCUGUAGAUCAUGAAUGUCUCACUAUGCCUGGCUGCGUCUUAAGAAGAGACUUUCUAAGCAUGUGAAAAAAGGACUGUUGCAAAGGCAGCACUAGCCCUGUGGAACAACUACUACUAUUGCCUUAGAAUUCUUGCACAUGAUCCCACAGAUCUUCCUGUAGAUACAUCAGAUUUGAUAAAGAACUUGACAACUUGAACAUUUUAAACGUGUGUUCACAAAAGUGAUUCUCAAGCAAAUUCCCAUCUGCAGAGCAAGAUCAUCGGUUGUAAAUAGAGUGGACUUGUUUCCAAUGUAGAAAUAUGUUACUUUUAGAAUGAAUUACUGUCUGCGCUUUAGGCCAUCCAUGGCUUUAGCCACAAUGUAUAUGCAUCAUGUCAGUAUGUAUGUACCAAUGGAUGAAUGGAUGAGAUGUGUUGUGUAUGGAUGGACAGGUAAAUUGUACUUCAUGUGCCAAGUUCUACCAGAAUCUGGAUUGACUGUAGCAACUUUCUUUAAAGGAUUCAUAAACAGAUAAUGAGGACUUCAUUAAAGAACCAAGAGCUAAUGAAAUACUGCGCUCAUUUAAAAGAAAUAUUUUGAUAUCGUUUGUCAUUGGUUGCUACGCAGCUUAGUUUUUUUGUUUCCUUACUCUGACCGUAC